AUAUGAACUGCUACUUCUCUGAUACAGAGCUUACCUGAGAGCUAUCACAAUGAAGUUGCUGCUUCUUUUAUUCAUUUGUCUCUCAGUGUCUGAGGGGCAAGUUAGGGUUCCCCUGAAAAGAAUGAAAUCUAUCCGAGAAACCAUGAAAGAGGAAGGAGUUUUGGAAGACUUUAUGAAAACCCACAUUAAAGAACGAGCUAUUAAAUACAACCUAAACCGUCAGAGCAACUUUGGGGUUGCUUAUGAACCUAUGUAUUUGGAUAACUAUUAUUUUGGUGAGAUCAGCAUUGGAACCCCACCCCAGAACUUUCUUGUUGCCUUUGACACGGGCUCUUCCAAUCUUUGGGUCGCUUCUACAUACUGUCAAAGUUCAGCCUGUACCAACCAUCCACUGUUCAAUCCUACCCAAUCUUCUACAUAUACUUCCAAUAAUCAACAAUUCUCAAUGUGGUAUGGUAGUGGUAGCAUGACUGGAGUACUGGGUUAUGACACAGUGACAGUACAAGGGCUGUCCAUUCAAAACCAGGAGCUGGGUCUGAGUGUCACUGAACCAAGCAGCUUUUUCUAUUAUGCCAAAUUUGAUGGUAUUUUUGGAAUGGCCUAUCAGUCAUUGUCAGCAGAAAGUGCCACAACCGCCAUACAGGGUUUGAUACAGCAAAAUCUUAUUCCACAGCCUGUGUUCAGCUUCUAUCUCACUGGUCAAUCUGGAGAAGUCAUAUUUGGUGGAGUGGACAGCAGUUUAUAUUCAGGCCAGAUCUAUUGGACUCCAGUUACUGAGCAGAUCUACUGGCAGAUUGCCAUUGAUGGAUUCUCAGUUAAUGGACAGCCAACCGGCUGGUGCAGUCAGGGGUGCCAGGGCAUUGUGGAUACAGGAACUCCUCUUCUUACCAUUCCACAGCAGUACCUUGAUACCCUUCUACAGUCUCUAGGUGCCCAGCAAGGGCAAAAUGGCGAGGUAAUGAUAUUUAUAAAUGUUCUAACUUUCUGGAAAUAAGCAUUAAAGUGGAUC